AUAUAAAAUAUUUCACAAAAUGAAAUGGUUACAAGAUCAUGAAGUAGCGAUUAACUUGGCUUUAUUUAAGCGAUACCAAUUUUAUCAUAUAUUCAAUCCAAACAGCUCAAAAAUAUUAAACUAUGAUAGUUACAAAUUCACAAAUGUCUUGUUUAUUGUGGUCGUUACAUCUUACAAUAUAUUUUCAGCAAUGUGCUUUUUUACAGAUACUGUAGAUACCAUCGACAGUAUUGAUUUAUUACUAAUGAUAUUUAUAUACUCUAUUAUUAUAAUUUCUUUAUUGAAAAUUUGCGUACUUCUAUUUAAUGCGGAUCAAAUUUGGGAUUUAUUUAACCUGACGCGCUUCGAUUUUUUAUCAAGUAGACGGUGUCGCAAAAAUGUUGGAAUCCUAUAUAAAUACCGUGAUAGAUCUAUAACAAUAACUAACUUAUACCAAAAUUACAGCACAAUAGUAUUCAUUAUAUGGAUGAUUGUUCCAUUGGUAUUAAACACUUUUGCGAUGACAGAAGGCCCAAAUCAGCGUUACCAUAAUAUUUUCAAUAUGCAGUAUCCGGUAUCCGCAAGCAUUUACAAUCAUUAUUAUUACAUAUUUUAUUUAAUGGAAAUAGCGAUGGGAAUAUUUGUUUUAAAUUAUUCGAUGAUCAUUGAUAAUUUUCUAAUAUCGUUAUGUUGGGCUAUAAUUGCACAGUAUGAAGUAAUUACCACAGCGUUCGAAAAUAUUGGAAAUGACUGCAAACUUGAAAACCUUCAGAAGGAGAAAAAAAAUAAUAGUUUUGAAGCAUAUGAAGAUCUUAAAUCAAUAAUAAUGGAUCAGAAAAAAAUUUACACAAAAUUAAAAUCAUUCUAUCGCGUGGUGUGGAUAAUAGUUAUAUUUUUGAUUAUUAUAGAUUCAGUUUUACUAAUAAUAUUGACAUAUUCAUUUAUUAUGAUUUGUUCGUCAGCUGAAUCAUUUUCUAUUUUCAAUAUACUCAAGAUCUCAACAGCAUUUUUUGUAUUUGUUAUUCAAUUAUACCUAUAUUGUUAUUUAUUUGAUGUUCUAAACGAUAAAAAAGAAUCCGUCAACUUAGGAAUAUAUUCUUGUGAUUGGACGAGGAUGGAUUUAAAAUUAAAAAAAAUAUUAUUGAUAGCCAUGAAGUUUAAUAAUGCUAAUCAGCUAAAGAUAAAAGCUACACCAAACAAAAUCGUAAACUUACAACUAUUUUCUAGUGUGAUGACAACAACCUUCAACAUUGUCAUGGUUAUGCUCAAAACAAUUAAUGAGAAAAAUUGAUUUUAGUAAAAAUAUAUUACGUAAUUUAUAAUAGUAUAUGAGUAUUGAGUGGUCAUAAACGUUUCUUCGGAUAGGCACUAUCAUAUACAGCCAUUCAGGCACAAAAAAAAAAAUUGAUUUAAUUUAUAUUAUUAUCCA